AUGAACGCGGUGAUGAUGGUGGAGACGCGGUCGGCGGAGUUUGUGCCGCUGCGGCAGGGCGCGUCGGCCACCGAGUACGCGCGUGCGACGGCGGGCGCGCUGGUGUGUGUGCUGGCGCAGCUGACGCAGCCGCCGGCGGGGCUGCCGUGCUUUGCCGACGAGUUCCGCACCGCGGGCGUGGCGUCGUACUUCCGGAUCGCGGACGCGGAGGACCUGGCGCUGCGGCGGCUGGCGGCGACGCUGGCGGCGGUGUCUUUCGAGGACGUGGAGGGCCUGCGCCAGCUGAGCAACGACGACGCGGAGUACAUGCUGCGGUACUACGCGCGCGGGAUGGAGCACUCGGAGAGCGCGCUGGACCCGCAGCUGCGCUACGACCGGUACCGGGAGCUGCAGCUGAACACGCGGGUGCCCAACCACCGCGAGAUCUACGGUGCGGCGCGCAAGGUGCUGCAGCAGCUGGCGCUGACGCCGCUGGCGCGCGCGCAGCCCGCAGCCGGGGCCCGCGAGGGCUUCGGCGGGCAGCUGCUGCUUGUCGGGUUCUACCUGAUGCCGAUGGUGGUGGUGGGCGACGACCCGGAGGCCACGCAGCUGGACCCCAGCAUGGAGCGGCGCAUGCGCAACCUGUCUGCGCUGCGGCGGCGCGGCCCGGCGUCGCGAUGGCCACGGUCGAGCUCACGGCCAACAGCCGUCUGCGCGUGGGCGCGCACUCGUACGGCCGGUGGGUCGCGCAGAUCGAGCAGCGCCUCCUCGAGUCGCUGGACGAGGUGCUCGGCGGGGCCGACUCGCCGUGCUCGCAGAUGGUCAGCGCGCUCGCGCACCGCGUCAUCACGUCGACGGUCGACCGCUUCGACAACAGCGGGCCCAACUUCUACGAGCGCAUCGCCGCGCAGACCCGCGAGUACAGCAACUUCGGCGAGCACCUGCUGGCCACGGCCGCCGCCGCCGGGCGCACGCGCGCCGCGCUCGUGA